AUCCGCGCCCCGGACCCGCGCUGCCGCGCUCCCCGCCAUGGCCGGCGCUCCGACCACGCCUUCUCCUGCAGAAUUGCUGGUGACUACCCCACUUCUGCAGGCCACUGAGGCCCUGUCCCCAGAAGCCGAAGAAGCCAGCACAGCACUCAUUGCAGUGGUUAUCACCGUGGUCUUCCUCACCCUGCUCUCGGUCGUGAUCCUGAUCUUCUUUUACCUGUACAAGAACAAAGGCAGCUACGUCACCUAUGAACCUACGGAAGGCGAGCCCAGCGCCAUCCUCCAGAUGGAGAGUGACUCGGCCAAGGGCAGAGAGAAGGAGGAGUAUUUCAUCUAAUAUUACGAGGCCCCAUGGAGCUAAGUGCUGGCUCUAGUGCUAAUACAGUGACUGCUUAAUUUAUUAGCUCCAAGUUUUACCUGAAGCCAGUGACUUGACACUGAUUGAAGUGGGAAAAUCCAAGCUCCUUCUAAGACAUAGGCCCAAAUGCCAGCAUCACUGACUCCAGGGACCAGAAGUUGCUUACAGUGUUGGUAGGCCUCUGGAAUAGAACGGAUGUCUGACUAGCCAACAGGUGGGGCUAUUCCAGGGAACAUUUGAGUACGUGCCUUCAUGGGGGUGAGGGUCACUGGCUACUGCUCCACUGUGUGCCCUCUGUGGUCACCUCGUUAUAGGCCCAGAAGGAAAUAUCCAUAGAAGUUCUGCCCGGAGACUAGAUACCAGAGUGGAAGGCCAGACCCAGAGGAGCAGGAGGCUCUGGGGUCUCACCUCCUGAUAAAUGUGCUGUGUCCUUGUCUGAGCCCUUCCUUCCCACAUUCCCCAACAACCUCAUACUUGUGCUGUUAACACAAAUUAAAACUUUUUCCUUGAUACAGAA